AUUGAAUGUGGGUUGGGGAAGAAGAGGCGAGAAAAGUGAAAGAGGUGAGUAUGGUAGCAAUUUCGCUUUACAGAGGAAAUCUUCACAGAGUAGCGGACGUUCCUCGGCAAUGGCUUAUGCCAAACCCCAAAAUCUCUCUGAAAGAUUUCAAGUCCCUUCUACAUCGUCGCUCCAAGGCACUCUCUCGCCUUAACGCUACCACCUGCUCCAUCCCUAACCCUAACCCUAACCCUCUCUCCAACGGUUCCCAAGCCCAACCACCCAAAGUUUCCCCCAAUCACGGCGAAGGCCCAUCCGCCACCGCCCACCAACCAGAAGAUGACCAUCGCAUAGAAGCCCAACUCGUCGCUGUUUCUUCCGCCAAGAAACCCGUUGAUGGAUCCCAUUCCAAGCACGAUGCCUUGGAGAGAAAAACAUCUGACGCCGUUGCCACUUCCAAGGAAAAACAGACUGAGCCGGUCGCUGACAAUGUGGAUCUGUUUAACGAAAAGGAGAAAAGGAAAAAGGAAGUUGAGGAUAAGUUGGAGGUUUUGAAUGUGAAGAAGCAUAAUUUGGUGUUAGUGUUGAAGGAGAUAUUGAAUGCAGAAGAGGAGUUAAAGAGACGAAGUAUGGCCAAUAUGCAAGGGGUUGCUAUGCGUGCCCCUUCCAUUCCCCUUCAAGGGGAGGGAAUGAAUGAUACUGGUUCUAUGACCAGGCAUAUGGCCCAGAGCUUGGGUUCUGAGGGAAAUCUCCGGGGUGAUGUGGAUGGCGGUGAAGGGGAUGAUUUUGCUAACCAUACUAUGCAUUCUCGCCAUGUGCUUCGCCCAAGUAGCAUGUCGCCUUCUUCAGAGUCCCCUCUUAGGAGGACCCCUAGUGUUCAACAGAACGUGGUUUCACACCCUUCUCGAGCAAAUUUGGGGGCCACUGUUAGUCCAUCACGCUUUGCUCUCUCAGGACAUCAGGGAAAUCCCAUGAACUUACCUUCAGUGUCUGUGUCGGGAACUAGUUACAUUGCAUCAUCCCCUUCCCCAGCAGCAUCUGGUGGCACUUCUGUUUUCAGAGAUGCUCGGCAGCCUAGUCCGUGGAAGUAGAAGCUUUCAUCCUCUUCCUUAUGACACAAUAUUGAUAUAUUAUCAUUCUGAAUUUCUAAACUCUAGUUUCUUGUAUACAGUAUUCAGAAUGAACAAUGCUAGGACGUAGGAAGACUCUGCCCAUGUGUACCGAGAAUUCUCUGUAUUUUUUAUUUCUUCAACUUGAGGGGAAAUAACACUUAUAGGACUGCCUAGCAUGAUUGCCAUAAUGCCAGAUUCUUUAUAUCUUGCUGUUUUCUUGAACAGGAUUUCUAGUUAUAAUAUACUUAUCCUUUAAUAACUUAGAAAUAUGAAUGUGUUAGAUCUAUCAGCAGGUUUAAGCUGUAACUUAGGAAAAAUGUUAAUAGAGUCGAAAUAUCCAGAAUUGUUUGGUUCAGACAUUGUUCUCAUCAUUUGAGCU